GACGUAAAUUGAAAAAAAGUCAUUAAUCAAUGUACAGUACAAAUGACCUGGAUUCAAAAUGACAAGCUCUAUAGUGUAUAACAGCGUAUCUGCAGACUUGAAACCAGGAAAGAGGAACACUCCGGAGGCCGUGUUUGUGAGAUAUCCCAAUAAUACCGAUUUUCCGGUCGACACGGUCGUCAGGUACACUCCAAGAGUUUCCCCUGUGAAAAUUUCGUUCGCUCCAGAUACGAACUUUGACUACAGGAAUAAAUCAAAGGUUGCAGAAAAAGUGAAACGAUCCAAUUAUAAUUUUAGACCAGUUUCGGAGAAAAGAAGAAACUCUCUUAAGUUUCAAGCACCUGCCUCAACACUUCCGUCUUCUACUUUUGUGACCACAAACAAGCAGGAUUAUGGAGAUACAACAGAACAUCUGAAACGAUCUCUAAGACCGACCCCAAAAUGGUUCUACAAAAGUCAAACAAGUCUUCAUGAAAUGCGACCUAAUGUAUCGGAAGGACAAGGUCUGGAAUCAAAGGACGUGUCCACGAAUUCCCUCUCCGACUGUGGAAGUAAGAAUUAUGCGCGAUCCCUUGUGUUGUUUCCAUCUCAAGCACGUGCCAAAACUCUGGAUACCUUAGUUACGAAUCCCUCAUCGUAUGAAUACAAGCCAUUAGUGGGUGACAGAAUCAUUCUGAAAGCUCAGCUGUUGAGAGAAGUUCCAAACGACACAGCAGAAAAAGACUCCUGCGCAGAGGGGGUCGGGAAAGUAGACAAUCGAAGAAACACAAGAUUCUCAGAUUCUUUAAACAGAUAUAGUGUUUGUAACUCAGACACCGAAUAUCAAAAGAAAACAAGUAAAUUGUUUUCGAAAACAUCAAAUAAGCCUAACAAUCGCCAGAAAGCCACAUCUGUACAAAAGGUGACCACUGAUAUGGAAAGGACAUACACUAAACAAGCAACAUUAAGAGAUAUGAUUAAGAAGUAA